ACAUCACUUUCUCUAUUUCGGGUUGUUUCGGUUUUCCUCGGAUUGAAUACCCUUAUUUGUUACCUACAUUUAGGCAUUGGCCUUUGGGGCCUUGCAUUCGACGCCAUGUUGGAUUCAGUUUGGAUGAUUCAGAUUUUUGGACUUUUGAUAUAUGUUCAUAAAUCUUAUCCGGGUUUCACUAAUUUUUAAGAUGUGUUUGAUUGGCUUUGGACCAGAUUAUAACCAAUGUCUGAGUCCAAGAAUAUUUUUAAAAAGCUUAAAAUUUAAUAAAAAUACUCAAAAUAUAUAAAUUAUUCAAAAACUAAUUUAAAACUAGUUACACUACCUAAAUUAGCUAAAAUGUAUUUAUAAUAACAAAUAAAACAAAGUACAAAAAUCUUUAAAAUGCCAAAAUAUCAAAAUUAUCUUAAUAUAUAAAAAACAUUAACAUAUUUAACUAAUUUUUGAUAUUUGAGAUCCUAAUUUGGAUUUCGGUUCGGUUCAUAUUUUCAAUUCCGUUGUGGAUAAUAAAUUCUGGUUUAUCUGGAUUCUCUUGGUUUUGCGUUCUCCUUAUCUUUUAUGGUUAUAGAUAGACCUAGGUGUUCGGGUUUGGAUCGGGUAUUUUGGGUUUUCGGCUUCACCUCCUAGGUCCAGUUCUAAUAUUUUAUAACUAUUGGUCGGGUUUGGGUAAAUACCACUUUGAAUUUGAUUCUAAUUUGUAAUAUAUCUUAAAACCCAAAAAUCGUUCGGACUCAAGUUAUAUCGGUUCAGUUUGAAUAUAUCCAAAGUAAAAGAUAAAAUCUAAAAGUAAAACAUAUGAAAAAACACUUAAAUUGAAUAGAAAAUAAUCCAACACACAUAAAAAUUAAUAUAAUAACAACAAAGUGCUAAAUUAAACAUGAAAACAAGCAUAAUUUGUAAACAAUAUACCUUACCUUAUAGAUAGAGUAGGCUUGUUAUUUCAAAGAGCAAAUGAUGAAGUACUUAUGGCUUUUUGUAAUAUAAAAUGUUGAGAAAGAUUUUUUUUUUUUUAAUUGAAGACAAAACAGUGACAUAAGUCACAUAACAUGUCCACUAUGAAAAGAAACGAGUCCCCACAAAAAAAUUCAAGAUAUUAUCAGGAAGUUCCCAUUUCCGGCCCAAAGCUAAAAUGGGCCUUAUGACCAUAAUACGUACAUCUUUUGACUCUCUGGUCCAUUCAUAGAUUCUCUGAUGUCGCUGACGAAACGCAAACACAUGUACUUGUUAACUCCAGUACAAUCUUUAGAUACGCAACAACAAAAUCUAGACACAAAAUUCAAGUGGGGCCCAUAUGAGAUCUUCCACUGUUUGAUUUUACUGUCUUCAAUUCUCCAACAAUUUUGACAUUGCUGUCUUUAAUUCUCAAACAAGCCACUAGAUCAGAGACAGAAAGCGUUUUCAUAUUACAUUUUCCUCUAUAUUUCAAAGAAUGACGUUACAGCCUCUUUUUUUCUGUAUUUGAAAAAUUAGAAUUACAAAAUUUUAAUUGAUGUAUUUUAUUUUCAAAUUGAAAAAUAAAUUUUAAUGAUUUAAAUGUGAAAAUAUUAUUGAGAAGCAAAUAAACUUUAUACUAACUAAAAUUAAAAAAAUAAUAAAUAAAAUAAGUAUUUAAUUUUCUUCAUGUGUGUGAACAAUCUAAAACAUUGUUUUCAAAUAUGGAAGCACUUACAAGUUUCGAGAUUUUGGGACAUACUCUUUAAAAAGAUCAAACUAUGAAGAUAUCUGUUGCAGAUCUAUAAAACGUAACUAAUUCGUCUUCAAACGUAGCAUAUCUCGAGUUCGUAAACGAUACUGCCUCGUAAACGAUACUCCCUCCGUUUUUUAAUAUAAGUCGUUUUAAGAUUAUGCACAUAGAUUAAGAAAUUAUUAAUUUUUUAUAUUUUCUAAACAAAAAUAUCAUUAAUAUUUACCUAACCACAAAUCAACAAAUAAUAAAAUAAAAUGUAUAUUAUCAUAGGCAUAUAACAUUAAGUGUUAAUAAAUUUUACAUAAAAAACUGAAAACGUCAUAUAAUUUGGAACAUAAAAAUUCCUCUAAAACGAUUUAUAUAAAAAACAAAGGGAGUAUUUUUCCAAUCAUUAAUCAUUAGAUUUUGUCUCUCAAGUGUUCAUUCCAUUAAUGAUGUAUAGAAAUAUGUUGUGUUAAUUUGAUUAGCUUAUGUAUACGUUAUAGACCCAUAUUCAUCUGUAAUUACUUACUUUUGACAUCAUAAAAAUAAAUACUACUAGAAAUAAGACAAGUUCCACACAUAUAAACUAAAGAUUUAAACUGGUAAUCACUAAUUUGAAAUUUCUAAACUAAACUCAAUCCAGCGUUUCGUUUGUAUAGAUUCCAAACCGGAAAACCGUUGGCUUUCAAUAUCAUCCGUUGGAUUCGUCCCAUAAUCAAACGGUAUAAGUCUGUUUCUCUUAUCAACUAGUAAAGCUUCCUUAUUCCACAAGUCUCAAUACUUCCCCCUCAAAAGCUCUUCAAAAUUCUCUCUAUCUCUCUCUCUCUCAGAACCACAUUCAACCCAGAGACUUAUUGAAAACCCUCUGUGAUUCUUUUUUCUGUUCACUAUCUCUUCCUCUUUCACGCGCUUCAAUGGCGGAUCAAGAAGAUCAACACACGGGUGAAACACCAGAGAACCGGAGUCAAAAAGACACUGGUCUAGAGUCUGAAGAUAAACGCCAAGAUCCUCGCGCUGAGGAGGUGAAGGAAGUAGAAGCAAACCCACUGAACAUAUCUCAGGACCAUGAUGAUAAGACACGUGAUGAUAAACUGAUAGAAGUCACAAAAACAGAAGCUCUUGAGUUUCUCCUCAAUGCUUACAAAGAUGUAACUUCAACAAUGGAGAAGGCUAGGGUCAUACAAGAACUGACAGAUCAUUGGAAGGAGACAAAAGCUAGUAUUCCCCCCCAUGUCAUCAAUCCAACAAGAAAGAGAAAAGGAGUUGACAAGUUCAGUGACAUCGAUCAUAGAAGCUUUCAAUGCAUCUGUGGACAGAGAUUCUACCAACAAAGCAAUUUAACCACACACAGGAAGAGAUGUAGAUAUGCAGAGACAGAGAGAAUCUUCAAACUUGUCCCCAAGAAGAUGAGAUCUGUCUUCAAUAUCUUCUGUGCUCCCUCUGAUGGAAGUCAGAGAAUUAAAAGACAAAGUAAGCUUAGAUCUGCCUACAACAUCACUGAAAAAUCACUUCCAGUCAGUUCUAGUUCCAACCAAAGAAGGGCUAUUGAGUCUGUUCAAGCUGCCUUCAAAGGGUCUACGACAGAGGAGAGAUCUCUCUUCAUACACAGUUUGAGGGAAGUAUGGUGUUUUUCAACACACAGUCUACGUAUGAAGACAAGAGAAGAUGCAGAGAUCAAACAUUCUAGAGCUCAGAUUGACUUGAGCAAUUUGCAGAGGGAAGAGAUUUUGUCUCAAGUUGGUCCAGCAAUAGCCCUCCUUAAGUUGAAGCAAGAUUCUUUUCCUCCUCAUGUUGAUGUCGAUGAAGAAGAAGAAGCAUGACAGCAUUAUCUUGUGCGCUUCUUUGGGGGCAUCAGAGGAACCUACAUUCUUUAGACCACUAUCCUCUUUUAGACACGUGUUUUUCUUGGAAGACUACCGUUUUCAGUUUUGUUUCUGACCUAGCAGAUAUAGAAAGUGAAACUCUAUAUUGUAUUAGAGAAUGGACAAGUACAAUAUACAGAGAGAUUGCUUGGUUAAAAACUCUAAUGCCUUAAUAGCAGAUGGCUUUCAUGCAUCACGCUUAGUGUUACUUCUCUCUUUCCAUCCGAGAAAUCCGCCUUCACCGUCUCUAGCACAGUUUCAGCCGGAGAAGCUCUUUUCAUUCUCUUAAGAAAACUUGCGGCACUGUGGUUUUAUUUUUAGCCACCGCUUGUGUUGUUACCCUCCCUUACUUGAUCCCUUUUCUUCUGCUCAUAGCUCUUGUUUGAGAUCUGCUGAGGCUGUUUUCCCUCUACGCAUAUUCGUGGAAGCAAUAGUAGGUUCUUCAUAUGUAUUAGAGGCUUCUACUUCCUCCUCUACCUCUGAAACUGUGUUUUGUCUUUUUCUUGAACGAUUCAGUGGCUCAUGCAGAUGAUCUAACUGGCAAGGAAUUUUAGACAAGCUAUAAUACACAUUGACAUUGUUGGCUUUUCAGACAAGACUGUAACUUAAUUGGUGGUGAGGUUUGUUUAGACAUGUAACUUUAUAUGCAAUCCAUGUAGUAGUUCCAAGACAGUGUUAGACGUGUAGCUUUAGCAAAUAUCAGCUACACGUGUUUGUGAUGAACCACAUCUUUUUUUUUUGAAACAC